CUUGUUGAAGCUUGUUGUGGAAGUCACUUCAAAACAAAAAACAACUUGCCUGACGGAAACAGCGACUUCAGAUAAUUUCGCCUAGCGUCUUGCUGACGUCAGAAAAUGAUGGUGUUCUUUAAAGUGCGCUCCGGAGUCAGAGUUGCGUGAGUUCAGUCAAGAGGUUUAUGGCACGAACCGAUUGCAGAGGCUGGGAGAGUGUUUAAGUCCCUUUCCUUCCAAAGUUUGCUUCCCUUUCUACUUGGAACUGUCCUGCUCCUUAACUUUCAAAGAAAAGCCGCGCUUGAUUUCUCCGGAAAGGUUCCCGGUACCGUUACAGCUGUUGCUGCAAUGCAGGGGUUCACACAGAAAUGACCACUACGAAGUAGACACCCAGAUGCAAAAGUGAUGAAGCAGCCCAUUUGUCACAAAGUAAGAUGCAGCAGUGGCUUUUCAACCAGAUUAGAGCAAAAUUGUAUCUGUUUUUCUCAGAAGAGAACACCACAAGGUUAAGUCAGCAAACAAAGAAAACAUGGUGUUUUGAAGCAUGAUUCAACUCCUAAUGCUGCAGCAGAGGCUAAGAAUAUUAAUGGCCAGAUCUAGUGCUCACAUGGUCUUCUGAAGAAGCCAUGGGUAGCUGUUGUAGCUGUCCAGAUAAAGACGCUGUCCCAGAUAACCAUCGGAACAAAUUUAAGGUCAUUAAUGUGGAUGAUGAUGGGAAUGAGUUAGGUUCUGGCAUAAUGGAACUUACAGACACAGAACUGAUCUUAUAUACUCGAAAACGGGACUCGGUCAAAUGGCACUACCUCUGCCUACGGCGCUAUGGCUAUGACUCCAAUCUCUUUUCUUUUGAAAGUGGUCGAAGGUGUCAAACUGGACAAGGAAUCUUUGCCUUUAAGUGUGCCCGUGCAGAAGAGUUAUUUAACAUGUUGCAAGAGAUUAUGCAAAAUAAUAGUAUAAAUGUGGUGGAAGAGCCAGUUGUAGAAAGAAAUAAUCAUCAAACAGAAUUAGAAGUCCCCAGAACACCUCGAACACCUACAACUCCAGGGUUUGCUGCUCAGAACUUACCUAACGGAUAUCCCCGAUACCCUUCCUUUGGAGAUGCUUCAUCCCAUCCUUCAAGCCGGCAUCCUUCCGUGGGCAGUGCUCGCCUGCCUUCAGUGGGGGAAGAAUCCACGCACCCGCUGCUUGUGGCCGAGGAACAAGUACAUACCUACGUCAACACUACAGGUGUGCAAGAAGAGCGGAAAAACCGUACCAGUGUGCAUGUUCCAUUAGAGGCAAGGGUUUCUAAUGCUGAAAGCAACACACCCAAAGAGGAGCCAAGUAGUACUGAAGACCAGGACCCUCAGAUUCUUCUUGAACCCGAAGGAGUCAAGUUUGUUUUGGGACCAACCCCUGUUCAAAAGCAAUUAAUGGAAAAAGAGAAACUGGAGCAACUUGGAAGAGAUCAAGUUAGUGGGAGUGGUGCAAAUAACACAGAGUGGGACACUGGCUAUGACAGUGAUGAACGAAGAGACGCACCCUCUGUUAACAAACUGGUAUAUGAAAAUAUAAACGGGCUAUCUAUCCCUAGUGCCUCAGGGGUCAGGAGAGGCCGUCUGACAUCCACUAGUACCUCAGAUACCCAGAAUAUCAACAACUCAGCUCAGAGAAGAACUGCAUUAUUAAACUAUGAAAAUUUACCAUCUUUGCCUCCUGUUUGGGAAGCCCGCAAGCUAAGUAGGGAUGAAGAUGACAAUUUAGGACCAAAGACCCCAUCUCUAAAUGGCUACCAUAAUAAUCUAGAUCCAAUGCAUAACUAUGUAAAUACAGAGAAUGUAAGCGUGCCGGCAAGUGCUCACAAAAUAGAAUAUUCCAGGCGUCGGGACUGUACCCCGACGGUCUUUAACUUUGAUAUCAGACGCCCAAGUCUAGAACACAGGCAGCUCAAUUACAUACAGGUUGACUUGGAAGGUGGCAGUGACUCUGACAACCCCCAGACUCCAAAAACGCCUACCACCCCCCUUCCACAAACCCCGACCCGGCGCACAGAGCUGUAUGCUGUGAUAGACAUCGAGAGAACUGCUGCUAUGUCAAAUUUGCAGAAAGCACUGCCACGAGACGAUGGCACAUCUAGGAAAACCAGACAUAAUAGUACUGAUCUGCCCAUGUGAGCCUGGAAAGCAUUAUGUUGUUUGCACCUUUGUGAAGUUUUUAAAAAAAUGAAGAUGCAAGUGCUUCAUUUUCAUUUCUAAACACUAACUCCUUUUCUAGACUGAUACAGAUUUUUUUUUUCUGAAUAUUUCAUGUGCAUCUUUAAAGGGAAUUAAUGUAGAGCAGGUACUCUGUAAAGAACACUAAUUUCAUUAUAUACUACUCACUAUUGUACAGAAGCAUUCCCAUUUUCACAGUGCCUAUUUAAAAUGAGAGUUGAAAUGAAUGACAUGCUGGUUGAUUUGUAUUCAAUAUUCUGAACUUACGCAUAUCGUUCAUGUGUAAGCCAUGGUUGGCAUUGAAAACUUUUUAUAAAGCCUCUUGGUAAUGUGCAUUGCUAACAGGUAACUCUAGGCUUUGGAAAUAAUAAUAUCCGUAGAUUCACUGUUCACAGUAUGUGGCCUCCAGCAUGAAACAUGAGGAAUCCUUUAUUUCAGUAACUAAAGGCUUUUUGCCUUGAGCCAAAACAUGUAAAGGAAACAGAAGUAUCACACCUCCUUUUGUACCAGUCAGCUCCUCUGCCUUCAGUGUUACUAGACAGAGUCUUGUGUCCAAGAAUAUGAUUCGCUGUUGGUGUGUUGUUGAAAGGCGGGAAGGAAACAAGAUCUUGUUUACUCAUCUCAUGAUGUCCUUUGAAGGCCGUGUCCAAAUACCUUGUUCAGAAUUACAGUAGGCUCAAGAACCAGUCUCAGGUCACUUUACCCAAAACAUUUGAAAAUCUGAACUACGGUAUUUUGGAAGUUUCUCUCCUAGCAAUUAUUGCCAACACGUUGUUUUCUGGAGGCCUUUGUGCCAUUGGGUUUCCAUUCAUCUUCAGUUUUUUCCCUUUGGUGUUUGGGGUGUCUUUAUUUUGUGGCUUAAUGUCUUUUUCCAUUUAAAGUGCUUGAGUUUGUAUAUAGUUUUGAAAUUGGAUUAUGUGUUCCUUGUUGCUUAGUUUGCAUUUUUUGUCAAAUUAUGGUUUUGAAGGUUCAUGUGGAACUUAACUGUUAUUCUAUAACAGGGUUGCCUUUGUCCAGUAUUUAUUUAUAUGCUGUUUACUUUUUAAGUUGAUAAAAAGAUUCACUCCGCGGAAAAUUUCACUUGUGUGCAUAGGUGAUCUCUUUAGCAGCUGAGAAAAAAAAAAAGGAAGCUACAUUUAAGAUGCAGAGUUCCCCAAAGGUACCGUGCUUUCUCAGCAGGCACCCCUAGCAGCACUUUAGCAAUGAUGCCCCCUCCAGCGUUCCUCAGUUCUGCUGUCCUCUCACUCGAAGCUGGGUCCUUGGUUAUCCUUUGACUUUAGUAGGAUGUUCCUAUUGUUGCCAGCAUAGCAGGUACAGUAGAAAUCUGGUAGUGAUGAGAUGGUGUCAUAAUUUAGGAUUUUAAAUGAGUUGAAGUUUUAUAUAAACUGAUGAGAGCCCAUAUGUGAAACUCUUGGAAAAUCAACAGCAUUCCAGUUUCCCAAACUCUAGGGAAGAGAAGAUAGAAUGGAAAGGUUAGGUGACCUUACAAAAUAUUUUAAUUUUCUCUUAAACAGGAGAAAGUUUGAGAUUAUGAUCUGGAUCUGCCAGAUGAAGCUAAGGUUAACUUAGCACAAAAAAAGUGUGUUGUAUGGUGUUCAGUUUCUUCAACAGAUUACCUAAUUAUAUAACAGUGAAUGGAUUAGCAGAAUAGAGUGGGACCAUUGUAAAGAAAAUAAAUUAUUACAGAAGUCUUUAUCAUUUUCAGUGCCAUUGGUUUAUGUGCAUAGCAGAAUUUUUUGUUUUUUGUUUCUUUUUCUUUUUUUCCCCGUGAACUUGGUGCUUACUAAAGUGUUCACUGUUCUCUUAAAAAGAGCAGUGGUAUAGGUAUGCAGUUUCCAUUUUUAAUGUAUUAUUCUAGUUAUCCUUUCUGCUGGGUAGAUUGCUAAUUGUGCCAAAUUUAUGUCAUAUGGAAUAAGAAUUACAAUAGAGCCAAUGCCCAUGUUUUUCUUUGAAAUAAGCAGUCAAAACCGAACAUGACUCCAAAUCAAAGGGCUGAUCUGUUUAUCUGUUUUGGAGGUAGGCUACUUUAUUCUUCCUUUCCCUCAUCCUUUUUGUUUUUUCCUCCAGAUUCUAAUUAGUCUUUACAUUUUUUGGUCAAGGCUAGUGUAAUCAUUACAGUUUACGCUUUAAAUACAUUGUGCUUUAAAAAUGAAAAUGGGACCAGUUUGUCUGCUAAGAAUUUGGUUUUAGGUACUGAAGAGAAUUAGGAAGACACAUAAGAACUGGUGUUAAUUUCUAGAUGCUUUCUGGAAGUCACCUAUGUUCCUAUUUAAGUGAAAAAUAAUUUAGAAUUCAGCUCGUCCUUGGCAGUUGUCUAGUAACGGGCAUUAAGCUGUGUCCUGGGAGAAUGUACCUAUUCCUAGGUGCGUUGUAGAGUGAGAUGUUUUAAUGGCAUACAGUUGUGGCCAUAUGUCUGAGAGUUUCUGAGGCAGACAUAAUUUAGAUAAUUGGUUAUGUUAAUAGACCAUGUGAUCCCACUUUUUGGUUUUAGAAAUAUAAUCAUUGAUCAUAUGUUCUCCCCUCCCCAAAUAGAAUCCUCCUGUAUAACCACAUAGAGCAUAAACAGCAUUUAUCCAUGACCAAGGUUGGAAACCGAUAUGGGUGUUACCUGUGUUUUCUUAGUGUCUUUGUUUCCCAGCGUCAUCUUCCUUUAAAACAGGAAAAUAUGGUGCCUUUCCUUGCUCCAGGAAGAUUGGCAAAUAGUUCCUUUUAUUUACUGCUGCUGUGAAGUGAUGAGAUAUGCACUUUACUCUUGAAGACUCAGCAAAAAGCUUCUCACUUCCCAGCGCAUCCAGAAGAGAUCACAUUUGGGACUAAUGAAAAUUUGCCAAGCAAUCUUUGUUUUUAUGGAUAUUAAUGUUGACCCCCCUCCCCACUGCCUAGUUCAUCGUUAGAAUAAGUCAAGUUGGUGUUUCUUUUUCCACUACCCCUCUCCCCCUCCCCCACCAAAAUUUGUGGCACGGCAUAUAAAAAUGUACCUCAGUAAUGUUCUGUUAAAAAUGGGACAGGGGCCUUAUGUUUUCACGGUUGUCCAACAACGUGCCACCAUAGAUUUGUCUCAAGGUAAAGGUUUUAACAAGCUAAAAAAAGUACUUCCCAAUUGCUCCUCUGCUCUUCCCAUUCCAUAAUGCCCAAGUAUUUUGUGCAAUGUCUUGUGUGUGUGUGUGUGUAUAAAAAUAAAUAUAUUCUUGAAAGAGACAUACCAUCAGAGACAUCACUCGGAAGUAACAUGUAUUGCCAUCUCAUUCAUAUUUCUGACAUGUGAGGUAUAUGGUACUAAUUACCUUUUCCUUGACAUUUGCCAAAUUUGAAUAAAGGCAUUGGUACGAAAUGACAGGAUGUAUAGAAAAUGUUUUGGCUUGAAAAACUAACAAAUAUUUUAGGACACCCCAUAUUAUAUUCUGCCCAAACCAGCACCCUGUCUGUCUUCCCUGCUCUUUCCAUGCCUACCCCCCGUCCCUACUUCCUCACUUUUUGGGGAUAUACCAAUUCUUUGGUAGCAUCAUUACAAUUGCAAUUCUAUGACAAUUGGACAAUGAAUAGCAUGGAAACAGACUGGUAUUAAUAGUACAGUAGUCACCAGUGUGCCACAUUUGCAUUAGUAAAUGCAAAGUAUACAUUUUCUAAAGGACAAACUUUGUGUUAUGUUUUUAUUUUCAUUGCAUUGUAUAAUAUUGUAAGAUUAUUGUAUGUCCUGAUUUGCAUUAUAAAUGUUGUUUCUUUCCUACGUAAAGGCAUAAAUAUAGCAACUUUGUAUAAAGGUAGCUUAUUAGAUUUUUAAUUUUUUCUUUUAUAAAAAUUGUUUAACAGUGGGACUACCAUUGCCAAAUUGUAUAUGAAAUAUAAAUUUUACCCCCUAUGGUUAAUUUCUUUUAUAAACAUUCCAUAUUUCUCUAAUAGAAGACAUAUAAGUGAUGCUGUACUAUGCAUAAAUUGUAUUUUAAUGCUGUUUCAUAUCAGCAUUUUAAAUUUUGGGUUGCAUUUUUUAAUAUUGGCAAAACUUACCACUGUUGAUUAAAACAAAACCUUGUUAUGUAUGUAACAACAUCAUUUUCCCUUUGUCCCUCCCUGCCCUUUGUUCUCUUUCUCCCUAUCAGUGCCAACUUCAUAAAUUUUGUAGCAUGGCAAUAAAAUAUACCUUUUACACUGAGGCCGAGUGUGGCGUUUUGGAGGAAGUGGGGAUGGGAGGAUAGCCCUCUAGUUGUCCUUUGCAUAUAACUCUUUGCCAUAUAAGCCAUGUUGUCGGGCAUGAGAAGUUAUCUCAUAUAUGAUAAAAAUGUGCUUUUAAGGACAAGUGUGAAUGUGCUUUUAAGCCUAAUUUUUGUCAUAACAAAUAAGAACUAAUUUUUUUAUCUUUGGAAAAGUCAGAGUUCUUGAAGUACAAUCAAACCUUUAUUAACUGGAGUACUCAACGAAUAAGCUAAUAAUUAAAUUUUGUUCAACAAGGGCUAAGCAACACAUUUUUUAAAAUAAAAUCCUUAUUUAUUGUAGAGUAUUAGUAUACUUUACUGUCCUCAAAAUUAUAUGUAAAAUGUGGUUUAAUCUUAGAUGAUUUAGCAUCGUGCAAUGCCUUACUAUUGUCAUUCUGGCAUAGAUAUCCAUAAUGAGGUACUCAAGUUGAUACUGGAAGCUGAGCUGACUAUACACUGACCUUAAGCAUUCAUGAAAAACUGCUUUGUUGAAUAAUAUCUGAUCGGAGUUUUUCUAUGGUCACUUUCCUCUUAUUGCCAAAAGUAGAUUGCAAUAAAACCCCAAUAA